AUGACGACUUUGACGGGCAAAGUCGAGGGCCAGAGGACUCGCGGCAGACCACCCGCUAGAUGGAGCGCACAAGUCACUAUACACCGCACCGCUGCAUCUACAUCUGCAGGAAGCUGGAGCGGUGGCGGGGCGGUGGCGCGCGCGGCGCGCAUGGCGGCGCGCGUGCUGCUCGCGCUGGCGCUGGUGGCGCCGCGCCGCGCCGCGCACGCGCCGUGCGCCGCCGCGCCGCUCUGUCUGUGCGCCGACGAUCGCUUCACCUGCGACGCUGUGCAGUUUCACCGGUUCCCCAACACAGAGGCUGGCGUGCGGCACGUAUCGAUGUGGGGUGCGCGGCUCGGCGCGCUGGAUGACUCGGCGCUGGACGCGCGCGCGCUGCAGACCCUCGUGCUCGUCGCGUGCCGGCUGGGCGUGCUGCAGCCUGCUGCGCUCGCGUCGAUGCGAGAAACGCUGGCAUCCCUGGAUCUGGGCCACAACGAGCUCACGGAGGUGCCCCACGAGGCGCUCCGAGAUCUGAAGGUGCUCAACUGGCUUAGUUUGCAACAUAACUUUAUAAGCGAUCUAGACGGUGUGGAAUGGGGCGGGAUGGCGGAGACGUUAACCAGUCUAUCUCUGAGCAACAACCGUCUGACUUGGUUGCGCGCCGGUUCGCUAAAGCCGCUUCGCGCUCUCACAACGCUAGAACUGGAUGGAAAUAGGAUCCGCGCGGUGGAUGCCGGUUCGUUACCACGAGCCAUUGUGACUCUGCGUCUGUCUGACAACUUGCUGCGCGAGCCACCAAUGCUGGUGGCGCUCCCACGCCUCCAGCACCUCACGCUCCGUGACAACCUCAUACACACCUCCAGCGAACUUGAAACCGAUGUACAACUACACGCACUCUUGCACACUCUCGACCUCACCCACAACGAUUUAGACGAUGACUUUAGCUUGGAACUAGGCGUGAGAUUAGAGUUAAGGAACUUGCUGCUAGACUUGAAUGAUUUUACGUCGUUGCCGGCGUUUGUGAUUGAGUGCGGCCGUUUGGAGAAGCUAUCGUUAUCGCAUAAUCGAAUUACAGCGAUGCCGGAGACACUAAAUGCACUUGCAAGUGAUCUCCGUCAGUUAGAUUUAGAUUACAAUGAAUUGGUUGCAUUGCCUUUAGCAAUGAAUGAGCUAAUGAGACUGCGGAGACUAUCAGCCGCAUACAACCGGCUGCGGGAGGUGCCGUCGCUGCCACCGCGACUCUACGCGCUGUCGCUGGCUGGAAACGACCUAGCGAAUUUUCCGGAAGGCCUGACUAAUAUAGAAGCGGGGACGUUGACGCACCUGGAUCUCGGCUACAACCGUAUCGCGCACGUGGGAGCGAGUAUGUUUGGUGCAUGGGCAACAGCUCUCGAUACACUGAGUUUGCGCGGCAAUAGGUUAGCAACGCUGUUGCCAGGCGCCUUUCCACCGCUUCCUUUGCGCGAACUAGCGCUUAGCUUCAACGAACUGUACUCUCUGUCAUCGGAAGCGUUGUCUUCGUUGCGUGUGUUAUCCGUGCUAGAAUUGUCAGGCACCCUGGCGGGAGGGUCCAUGCCGCGCGCGCCGGCCGCCGCCUGGCUCGCGCUCGACAACAACGACAUCCGCCGCGUGUCGGCCGCCGACUUGCGCGCGCACCUGCUACUUGAGCAUCUAAACCUUGACUUCAACAAGAUAGUGGAAUUCCCGAGCGACUCUAAUGGCUGGGGCAAUGCUUCGCUUAAGCUGAGAGAGCUGAGACUAGCCUACAAUCAUAUCAGCAUCAUCAACGGACAGUUUCUGACGACUCUGACGGAAUUACAGAUCGUGGACUUGUCUUAUAAUCGCAUGGUGAAUGUUAGCGAACGGACUUUUGCAUAUCUAAAUAAUCUAGUGUUUGUAGGUCUCGCGGGGAACGACAUAGAGUGUGUUGCGGCGGGGGCAUUUCGGGCGCUUCCUCGGUUGCAAGCCUUGGAGCUGCAGUACAAUCACCUGGAGCGUUUCGCAACCGACGUCUUCGAGCAUGUCGCCAGUGAAGAGCCUAAUUUGUCUGUCAACGCGAGCCAUAAUCGGAUUACAGUGCUAGCGGGUGGGGGUACCGCAUCUAUCAGUGUGUUAGAUUUAUCAUAUAACGUACUAGAAACUUUACCCGCUGUGUUUUUUGAAGGUAUGUCGUCAAAUCUACGGCGCCUGCUGUUAGCGCACAACCGGGUAGUGGUGUUGGAUACGUUAGGUUCCCUGCCGCGGCUGGCCGUGCUGAGCUUGCGCGAGAAUGCAUUGGAAGCGGUGCGGCGGCGCGCACUCGCGUCCACGCCCGCGCUCGAAGAACUCGACUUAACGCGCAACCGUCUGGCUAUCUUACAACCUGAACAAUUCCGAGCGUUACGGCGUCUACGCGUGCUGCGUCUAGCGACGAAUCAGCUACGGGGAGUACCGCCGGGAGCAUUCGCAGGCACGCUUCUGGAAGCGCUCGAUUUACGCGACAAUCGGUUAAGCAGUCCACCGGCCGCCGCGAUCGGCGCCGUGGGCUUCACGCUGCGGUGGCUGGAGCUCGGCGGGAAUGAACUAGCGCGACUAGACUCGGCCGCGCUCGCUGGCGCCGGUUUUCUGCGUGAGCUGGGUUUGGCGCGCGCAUCCUUGCGCGUGCUACCCGACGCCGCGUUUGCCGGCCUCGGCAGAUUACGUCGUCUGGAUUUAUCACACAACUUGCUAGUCACUAACUUUCGGGAGCUGCUGCAUCCAGUGCCGCGGCUGCGGCGGCUGGCGCUGGCGGGCGCGGGGCUGCGCGCGGUGCCGGCGCUGCCGCUGCCGACGCUGCGCGAGCUCGACCUCAGCGGGAACGCCAUCGUCGCUUGCCGCGAGGAAGACUUGCGUGUGUUACCUGAAUUGCGGGCGCUAAACUUGUCCAACAACCGUUUGACGAUGCUACAAAGUGGCGCGUGGGCGAUGUUACCUAGACUGGCGGUGCUGGACGUGUCGCACAACCCGCUGACGGCAAUAGACGGUCUGGACGGUUUGGGUCGGCUGCUCUGUUUACGUAUACAAGGGUUGCGCGAGUUCGGGCUCGAGCGGCACGCAUUACGAUCGCUGCUAUCUGUACGUGAACUCGAGCUGGAUGUCGGGCGGUCGCCGGUCGGCGCGGCGUUGGCCGGUGUGCCUCAAGUUCAAGCGUUGAUACUGCAUGUGCGUGUGGAUGUGUUAGACGGGCAGUUGGUCGGGGUCGAUGCGCGCAAGCUCCGCGCUCUUGAGUUGCGCGGGAGCGUGCGCGUGUUGUCGGCGCGCGCGCUGGCUCCGAUGGCGCGCGCGCGGUCGCUGGCGCUGCGCCUGCGCAGGUCACGCGUGGGCGCGCUGCCGGCGCUGGGCGCGCUGGCGCGCGUGCCGGCGCUGGGGCUGGAGCUGGCGGGCAACGCGCUGGCCGCGCUGGCGCCCGCCACGCUCUACCCGAACCUCACCGGGUGGACCACGCGCGCCACCAAGCUGCUAUCGGGCGGGCUGGUGGUGCAGGAGUCAGGGCUGCGGUGCGGCUGCGGCGCGGCGUGGCUGGGCGCGUGGUUGCGGCGCUGGACGCGCGAGGUGGGGGGCGGCGCGCGGGCGGCCUUGCGCGCUGCGCGGCGGUCCACGUGCGCGGUGCGGGCCGGCACCAGCGCGCUGCUGCACCUGGAGGUUAGUGGCGUGGCUGCGGCGCUGGACGCGCGAGGUGGGGGGCGGCGCGCGGGCGGCCUUGCGCGCUGCGCGGCGGUCCACGUGCGCGGUGCGGGCCGGCACCAGCGCGCUGCUGCACCUGGAGGUUAG